AUGGAGAAGACAGAACAAACAUCACUGUAUGGGUUCGACUCGUAUGAGACUGCCCUAUGUGUGAUCCCUCCUCGUGAACUUUGGUCAUCAGUGGAUCGCCUGAGAAGUCUUUAUGAUAAGGCGUAUUCUGCGUGGCCCCCCCACGUCAAUCUUAUCUACCCAUUCAUCCACCCUGAAGUGCUAGGGAGUGCAGCACAAGCACUUGAAGGGCUCGUGCUGCAAGAUCGGCAUCAUCUUGCGCUCAAUGUUGCUGAUUGUUUCGAACAUAAAAGCCGCAACACUAUCUUUCUGGGUUCGAACUCAGGAUCUACUACAACCGAGCUCUUAAAGAUCAGGGAUAUAAUCUGCAGUGCUCUUUGUCGUUCACCUGGAGCUCAAAAUGAACGCUUCGUUCCUCAUAUGACCAUCGGUCAAAGUGAAGACGCCUCAGCUGCCCCCCACCAUUUUCUCCUCGAAAAGGCCCGCCUCUUGGCACCGAUAGAAUGGGAAGUGAAAGAAGUUGCUAUUCUUAUUCGCGAUGGUGCACUGGCGCAAGGGGGAAGCGGACCACGACCUAUGAGGCUUUGGGGGACUCUGGAUCUUGAAUCGGGAAGCUUCCGUCGGAUAACACCGCCUCAAAGUUUCAAUGAUCAUAUAGACAAAAUGUCUACUAUUGCCUUCCAGCCAUGCUAUCAGUCGAUCCAGUCUUCAGGGGCCUGGGAAACGGCUGGGUCGACGGGUACUAGCAAGGUCGUCCUUGAACAGUUGGUUGUUGCUUCUUACAAUGUGUUGGCAGAGUUUGAGUGGCCUCCUCAAUCAUAUCGGCAUCCAGCUCUGGUGGAAAAUCUGCUCUCAGCUCGUGCUGCUGCCGAUAUUGUUGUUCUCCAAGAAGUCACAGACCAUUUUCUUCCUGACCUCCUCGCCAACAAGGAUAUACGCAGUCACUAUCCUUUCAUCACUCAUGGCCCCCCAGGCCAGUCCGGUAUUGGGCCGCUACCUAGCCUCCUCAAUACUGUCGUCUUGAGUAGAUUUGAGUUUGAAUGGCGUUAUCUCCCAUUCCAUAGGAAGCACAAAGGCUGCACCGUGGCCCGGUUUCCAGGCAUCGGUACACGAGAUGCUGACGAUGGGAAAUUCAGACCUUGGAUACUUGUGGCGUGUCAUCUGAGCCAAGGACUUACUGACGGCGCCGUCGCCACCAAAAGGAAAGAAGUCCAGAAGAUGCUCGAUUAUCUGUCUGCCACCUAUCUGCAACAUCCAUGCAUUCUUGCUGGAGACUUCAAUCUUGCGACUUCAGCUUACACCAUAGAUGCUGCCAAGAAAAAGAAUGAUAUUUCUGCUCAAACUGUUCGUCAGUUGAGAGAUAUCGACCGGGCUAUCUCAGAUUUUGGCUUCUUAGAUACUUGGCUGGCAACGAGACUCGAGUCAGGCGAAUCUUCAGACAUAGCCAACGAGAAGAGGAACGUCUUAGACUCCUUCCAGGGAGAACAAGGGGCUACUUUCGACCCACUGACAAACACGCUGGCAUCUAAUCUCGUUGGAAAUGGGCUGAACAACAGACCGCAGAGAUACGACAAGAUCCUGGUCAAGGCAAAUGGCUACUAUAACCCGCACGGUUUCAAUACUUUUGGUCAGACAACCUUCGAUUCACCGGAGCAGGGUGUUCCCACAUACGCCAGUGAUCACUGGGGCAUAAGAUGCCUUCUGGUAAAGUCGUCACCUUCUGACAUAUCUCGAUCUUGUGUCCCUGAGAUGGAAAUUGCACUUCGACAGCCUCCUCCUGGCUUGGCUAACAGCGAAGGCUUGGAGGGCUUCUUGGAAGGUCAUGGAUGUUUGCCGACUGAGCAGGAGAGGACCAACCGGGUUGAAGCGAUCAAGGCCCUUGAAAUGGUUCUUAAAGAUGCUACGUCCUCGAUUGCAGAGAAUGAUCCCCGAUCUGGACCUCCAUUUAUUGUGGUCCCAGUUGGCUCUUAUGGCCUCGGCGUCUGGACAAGUUCUUCUGAUAUCGACUGCCUAUGCAUUGGGCCGUUCAGCUCAAAGACAUUCUUUGCAUUGGCUGUUCAAAGGUUGAAGCGGGCAACGACCUUGGGCAUGAGAAUCUUGCGACGCGUCAAGGCCAAUUCAGGUAACAUGCUGGAGCUCGAAGUCAAUGGCAUCAAAGUCGAUCUCCAGUAUUGUGCAGCUGCAUCGAUAGCUGAAAGGUGGCCUGAGGUUAUGAAGCGCCCAGCCAGCGACCCAGCGUUUGCUUUAUCUUUCCAGGCACUUGCUAAGCUUAAGCCUGUCCGUGAUCUGUUCUACCUUCGCCGCUCACUUCCAGAUAUGGUACAGUAUCGAAUGGCGCACUUGUUCAUCAAAUCCUGGGCCCAGGCGCGAGGCAUUUAUUCGGCAAAGUUUGGAUUCCUCGGUGGUAUUCACAUAAGCGUUCUCCUUGCUCCCGUCUGUAAAACACUGGCCUACGAGAAUGAAACUGUAACCCCAGCCGGCAUUGUCGUCACAUUCUUUCAUCAUUACUCGGAAUUCGACUGGAAGAACUCGAUGGUCUUUGAUUCGUUCUUUCACAAAGAAUUGAGAUAUAACCGAACAUUCCGGGAACCCCUUUGCCUGAUCGGUUGGCAUGGCCCAGCACUCAACACUGCUCCUAUCGCGUCUAUCCCAACAGUGGCUACCAUUUCUUCCGAGUUUGAUCGUGCCAAAAAAUUGCUAUCAGAUGAUGACUGUACCUGGGGUAAGCUACUCGGUAUUGAACCCGAGACAGCUCUAGGAUCAGCUCAAGCCCCGGCAUCUACAGAGUUUUUGCAUGCAUUCAAAACAUACGUCAAGAUUGAUGCACAUUACUGGGGCCCGUCGCAGGAAAAGAGUGGUCGUUUCAUCGGCUGGCUUGAAUCGCGCUGCGUUAUGCUACUGGUUGAUAUAAACAGGAAGCUGAAGCAUCUUCUCGCACGCAUUUGGCCAUCUCGGUUCUUGGAUGUGUCCGCUGGAGCAGAGACAUCUGGCGCUGAGUAUCAUGGUUGUUACCUCAUUGGUCUUGUAUGGGACGAUGACUCAAACAAAGAAGAUGCUAAGGAGGUGGGUAUGGCCAUGCAGACAGUGCUACAAGAAUUUGAAGCGAGAAUUCGCCGAGACGAGAAGUACUAUGACUCCCAGUUCUGUUGGAUGAGUGCAACUGUCGCAAAGGCUCAGGAUCUUGGCUCAUUGGAAGUUGAUCAGAGUCUGUGGGGAGUGUAUGGGGGUGAGACAGAUGAUGACGGAUCCGAUGAAGAGCUUGAAGAAGAGCAAGAUGUCGACGAUGCUGAGGAGGAAUCAAAAGGACAUAAGAGCACAGGGCCUGGAUCCCGAGCAGCGAUUGUGGGCAAGACACCAGGGCUGGGCAAGUUUCGCACAGCUGCUGAUGUGCUCAACCGGCUUCGCUGGGACCCCAACUUCGAUUCAGGCGACUACAUCAUUGGCUACGAAGACCGCUUUCUCGGAGCUCGUGAGAGGGCAGUGGAACAUUGGAAGACGGAGCAGACUGAUGAGGAAUUUAUCCCGCAGCACCGCAUACUUUACUUCAAACGGAGGGAGGACAAUGCCAUUGUGUGGGAGCGACGGACGCGAAUCGACGAGAUCUUUGGCAGUGGUGUCAAGAUUGAUAGGUGA